AUGGUUGAUGUAGAAAUGUUAAUCGAAGAAAUUCGAAAGUUUCCAGUCCUAUACGACCAAACCAGCGAAAAAUACAGAAAUUCGGAGUGUAAAGACAGAGUUUGGAAUAAUAUUUCAACUAUAUUAGCAGUUAAAGGUGGAAUAGAAGAAUGUAAAAAAAAGUGGUCUACUGUCAGAGAUCAGUUCCGUAGAACUCUACAAAAAAGGAAUACAGCAUCUGGACAGGCUGCUAUGAAUAAUCGAAAGUAUAAGUAUGAAAAUAUUUUUGAGUUUCUUUUACCACACAUUGCAGAACGCGACACAUUAUCUAACGUUGAAGAGGAUCAAAAUAAUGAAAUGGAGUUUACUAAUAAUGAAACCCCGGAAGAAUUCAGUGGACAAACAUGUGAGCCACAGAAUAACAGAGAGAGUAGCGACAAAUCAAUAACUGAAAUUCAAGAUUCUGUGGACGAUACUCUCAGAUCUACAACAGAAACAUUAGCCAAAGUAUCUAGUUUAUCUGUGAAGAAAAUUACAUUUAGACCUCUACUCAAACGAAAAAUGAUUCAUGAAGGAAAAUCUAUAAAUUCUCCAGCAAGCCAGCUAAUGGAAUUUAUGUUAGCUGAGAAGGAAGAAGAAAAUAAAAAAUCGAAAAAAGAAGUCGAAUCUACAGUUAAGCAUCCAAUUGAUGCUUUUUUAGUGGCAUAG